GAGCAUUAUCUAUAAUUGCAACAGCGGAUAAUGGAUUUACUCAAAGUGGUAGAUUCAGUUUCUGUGAUGUUUAUACACCUUCAUCUUAUUGGCUUGCAGCACUUGCGAAUGUGAGCGUCGAAUUAGAGAACUUUGGUACUCCAGAUAUUAUAAAAAUUGUAGAAUUUAUUGCCAAAACAACAGUUGCGUUUGCAACUAUGCAGAUCAAUCAUCUUGAUAAUUGUUGCUUAACAGAAGCCUGUUGA